AUGACCGCGCUCGUCGCCCUCGCUGCCCUCUCCGCAUUUGCCGCCGCCCGACCCGAAAUCGUCGGCGGCACCGAAGUCCCCGUGGGCCAAUUCAAGUACGUGGCGAGUCUCCGUAAGACCGAGUCCGGUCCAACCUUGUGCGGAGGGACCUUGAUUGCCCCCACGAAAAUCCUCACCGCCGCUUCUUGCGUCGACACGUCGACCAACUACGCGUCGAUCGGAUCGCACUUUUCGAGAGGCGACAAGGACGGCGAACGCAUCAAGAUCGUAAAUAGAAUCGUGCACCCCAAGUUCAACAAAACGACGCUCGACAACGACUUUGCCAUCCUUGAUUUGGCAUCCAAAUCCAAGGUCGACCCCAUCGCGCUCAGCUGGGACGCGAUUGAACCCGGCACCAUGUCGUGGGUACUUGGCUUCGGCUGGCCCUCGUUUAGCGAGGACUUCCUCGAAGGUGUCGAAGUUCUCGGGGAGAAUUCUCCCGUCCUCUUGAGAGCUGCGUUCAAUACCUGGUCCAACGGCGAGUGCCAAAACGCGGUGGGAGACGAAGCCAAAAUCUCAGAGUCCAGAAUGUGCGCCGCUGCUGCCGGCAAGAGCCCGUGUUAUGGCGACACUGGCGGACCGUUGAUCAUCAACCGCGGCGGUGUCGAGUACGUCGCCGGUGUGACGAGCUGGGACUCUGUUUGCGAUUCAAAGUACCCUAGUGUGUACUCGCGCGUGUCGGUCGCCCGCGAGUUCAUCCAACCCCACUUGGCUGUCGCCGCCACCCAGCCAGAAAACUAAGUUAGUACGAGGUUUCAUACAACUCGGUGAACUUGUCAAUAAAGUGGCUGCACCUCUCA